AAUAGCGUGUACUAACUCUUUCAUAUUUUGGAAAGUCUGAAGAACAAGUAUCAGGCUUCUUUGUGGAAAGUGUAUGAUCUGUUGCCCAACUUAACGGCUGCCCGCAUUGUACGGAUGCACAAACACACGUAUCCAUAUACAGGAGCAUUUAUUAAAUCCCAUCUCCAGGAUCCACUGUCGCUUCAGGCGCCUCUCAUAGCUGCCACAGCUCUGAGCAAGGGACAAAUAAGCGAAGGGUGGGAACUGAAUGUGGUUACCGCCCCUGCUCUUGCAGUUUUCAAACAGGUCCGUCACAUUACUAUAUAACUUGUAAGUGGCGCUGUGGAAAUCACUUCGCUGCGGGUGUGAUAGCUGUAUUUUUGCAAUGUCUGGGCGUGGUAAAGGUGGAAAGGGGCUGGGGAAGGGUGGCGCCAAGCGCCACCGCAAAGUUCUGCGAGAUAACAUCCAGGGCAUCACUAAGCCGGCCAUCCGUCGCUUAGCCCGACGUGGUGGCGUCAAGCGUAUCUCUGGUCUUAUCUACGAGGAGACCCGCGGGGUGUUGAAAGUGUUUCUGGAGAACGUGAUCCGGGACGCUGUUACCUACACCGAGCACGCCAAGCGCAAGACUGUCACCGCCAUGGACGUGGUCUACGCGCUCAAGCGGCAGGGCCGCACUCUUUACGGCUUUGGUGGCUGAACUCCAGUUGGCCAUCUCCGUGAGCCUACUAAAACCAAAGGCCCUUUUCAGGGCCACCUAUUCUUUCACUCAAAAAGAGUUUUGCGCUUUCUGUUCUAAUUUUUUGUUAAGAUGUUUGGGUCAGUACUGUUUACAAUAUGUAAAUUUAAAUUGAUUUUAUCUGAUUCGUUUUUGGUAUGUUUCAGAUUAGUCGCAAGUCUGUAAAGCUGAUCCAUAACCUCAGGUCGAAUUGCAUAUUCAAUGUAUUUAGUGUGCUUAUAGCUAGGAGACCAACAGGACAGUAAACUGCAGGUGACCUUUUGUGCAACUGUCAGUGAAAAAAGGUGGAGAACAUCACAGAAGAGAUAAGAGGUAAACCCUGAUGCUAGGAAAAUGGAAAAUGGAACGUAGACACUUCUGUGGGCUGAAGACAUUAAAACAGUCUUGUCUUCUUGGACAUCACAUGAUAAAUGGUGGGGGAGAAAGGGGGAUGAUCAAUCAACAGAAAUAUGUCGAAGGCAGUCAAGUUCUACCAGAGAAACAAUAAGAGUACUUGGAAAUUAACAUUGUGA